AUGUCCGCCGCAUACAAUGCUUCCUCUUUGACCUGGCAAGAGCGCCUCGAAGAAUGCUGUCGUCUGGCUCAGAUGAGCAAACCACACUUUGAGAUGUUCUCGGACCGUCGUGGUGAGCCUGCCCUCUUCCACGACACAAAGUUGAGGAUGAACCUGUCACUGACGUGUGAUCUAGGAGGCCGGACCGCGUGGUCGAGCAAGGUGACAAUUGACGGACAUUGUCUGGAAGCCAGAUACUGGUAUGAUGGCAAUUACUUGAACAAUGCCAAGGAAGAUGUCGCCGAAGUAGCCUAUAAUUGGCUCAUGAAAACCUGA